GAGUGUAAUAGUUUGUGUAACAGUUCAAGUCAAUAUAUCAAUGGCGUUUAUGGUAGAAAAGGAACUGAGCGAGCUGUUCAAUGAAACUGGUGAUGCAGAGGAGUUUCUUGGCUUCACGGAGUUGGAUUUUGGCAAAGAAAAAUCAAGUGAUGGUGGAUCUACACUAGAAGAAAGUGAUUCAGACUCAGAUAGUGAUGAUGAUCACCAGUCAAUUGUGAAGCAUCAGAAAGCUCAAAUGCAAGCUAAAAAACAGAUGUUAAGUCAAUUAAUGGCAGAGUUGGACAAAGAUCCGGUAUUUUUAAAAAUGAAGACUUCCACUCCAGAACAAAUAAAAAGAUUUCAAACCACUAAGAAACUUGUUCGGUCUCCUCCAAGAAGAUACACUCAAAACAUCCGAGGACCUCCUUUAACUCGCAGAAGAUCAAGCAUGGUUGGAAACGUAGAGUAUCCGGAUGGCUUAAAUGAUGACGGUGCAGAUACUAUACGAUCUCGACUUACAGUGAGAUUUACGUCCAUGAAACGAAAAUUAAGCAAUGACGAUCCAGCUGAAAGAACACCAAAAAGAAGACACGUUUCUUCACUGUCUCAACCCCACAUCAUUAUACCUGUUGAAGAUGUAACUCAAGAAAUGUUAGAUAAUAUUGCCGAGCAUUCAGUUGGCAAAACAUAUGACACAAUUAAUGGGACUUCAUGCCAUCAAUGUAGACAAAAGACAAUUGAUACUAAAUCUUGUUGUAGAGGGGAAGACUGUGUUGGUGUACGAGGGCAAUUUUGUGGUCCUUGUUUAAAGAACAGAUAUGGUGAACUUGUUGAGAAUGUUUUGCUUGAUUCAGAAUGGAAAUGCCCGGUUUGCAGAAAUAUUUGCAACUGCAGCAUUUGCCGAAAUCGGAAAGGAAAGUGUGCAACUGGUAUAUUGAUAGGAAUUGCACGACAGCAAGGACAUAGCAAUGUUCGGGCGUAUCUGGAAAACUUAGGAGAGGUGUAAACGUUGCUACUGUAAUAGCAUUUGCCAUUUGUGAACAAUUUUAAAGUUAAUUGCUUUUCUUUGUAACUUUCUGUACAUACAAUGUUUGGUUGAAUGUUUUUGAAAUAAAAGUUAUAAUACUUUACCAGGUCGCUAGAGUUAAUAAGCAAUUUGAAUUUUGGCUUCCCACUUUCAAGUGCAAAUAUUUGAUGAGUCUCUGUUUAUAGGCUAAACCAUAAACAACAGAUUUUUUUCAACAAGGGUUCUUAUAUUUCACAAAAUGAAACAAAACUGUAUAGUUAUUACAACUUAAAGUAAUUGACAGUCAAAAAAGCAUUCACCUCGUAUAAAGUACAUCUUGUAUAAUUAAUAUUAAAUAAAACAGUAUAUGA